AUGCGAAACGAUGCGGUUCCGCUUCAGCUCGCGGUUACAUUGGCGGAGCUGAAAAGUUAUGAAGAUAUAAAAGUUGAGGCCAUUCCCGAAAAAGUUGGCCUUUUCAUGAAACACGUGGAAUACGAAAUCAGAAGCAGACGUCAACGUGGAACUGUGAGACGGCGGUACAAUGAUUUUAUCGUCCUUCACGAACUAAUGCUGAUCGCUUUUCCAUAUCGACUGAUUCCGAAUCUGCCGCCCAAACGAAUAAUCAAUAAUGGUGAUGCGUCUUUUGUGGAAGAACGCCGUAAAGCGCUGAAACGGUGGCUUGAGAUCGUCUGUCGUCAUCCGGUUUUAUGCGCAAAUGACGUGUUGAGAUUUUUUCUCACGUUUCAAGGUGCGGAUGUACAAACUGCGAUGAAAGAUCAAUUUUUACGAACGCCAGAUGAAUUCAUGACGUCCCCGGUGGCCCUUCAAGCAAAGGAAUUGAUGCCACCGGAGAGCCAAGCGGUGUAUUCCGCUACUCGGGAGUACAUUCGAUGUAUUAGUUUCUCUAUGAAGAAAUUCAAAAAAGUCUUGGAAAAUUUGGCGCAGUAUUCCAAAAAUUACGCUGCAGAAAUCGUAGAUCUCCAGCGAGCAUUCGCGGACAUAGGAGCGGUUUCUCCAUCUGAAACGCCCGCCGUUCAGAGUGGGUUGUUGAUGUGGUCGUACAUCAAGUCCGGUUGUCGGAAUCUGAUGAAAGAUAUUGGUGUUCUGGAGGAAACGUCUCAAAAUUUCUCAGAAGUCGAAGAGCUGAAAGUUCGUGACCAGAUCCAGAUUUUGGUUGACGUGCUUGAAGGACACGUGGAACUGUGUAACCGACAUGAAAAGAACUUGUUACACGAUCAUCAAAGAGCGGUUCAAAAAAUUAUGGAAAUGAAGAAACGUCAUUUCAAGGGACUCGUUCAAGGCAAAGCUGCGGAUCAAGGAGCGAGUAGGUUGGAAGCUCGAAUAUUAGAACAAGAAUCUUUGCUGGCCAGUAUGGAGUCUCGUUCGUACUUCUCGAUCUUCUGCAUCAACGAGGAAACGCAGUUGGUACACGCGUAUAUGGAGCUGAUGUCAACGACGCUGGAAUCUCUUAUAAAUGUGGAAAUGCAGGGGCACAAAGACUUAUCCGAAAAGUGGGAGAGACUAACGCCAGUGGUGAGUGGGUUGUUGCCCUCGAUCGUGAAAAUAGUUUUACCGUCGUCUGAUCGACACACAACGGUCACAGUGGCGCAGCUUCAUGCCGUGCCGGAAGCCCCUGUUGCCAUAUGUGCCAUCACUGACAUUGAUGGGGCUAGUUCGGGAAUCAUCCGCGAAGAGAUCAGGAAAGAGCAGCUGCCGUACCGUGAAACACAUUUUGCUUUCAACUUGGUGCUUGAUGCUGUCUUUAGUCAAGUUAGAUUCACUCCGGGGGUCAGGUCUUGGCUACUGAGGAAAAUCAAUGUUGAGAUUGAUGAAAUGCUGACCAAAACUACUGCUGGUCAUCUCCUUACCAGUGUCAAAAUUCGAAGCUUGGACAUCGGAAGAGAAAUCCCGUAUUUCUCAAAUAUUGAUGUGGUACGGGUUGAACUCCAUCCAGAAUUCGGCCACGUGUCCAGUCUUGAAUUGGCAAUGGAUAUAGAAUACAAAGGAGGCUUUCGACUUGCUACUGAUGCGGAUCUUGUUCUUGGGAAAUGUGCAGCUUUGUGCGUCAAAGUUACUGAGCUGAGGGGAAGAUUCAGGUUAUUGCUCAACGAAUUGCCGUAUCCGCAUUGGUCAUUUUCUUUCCUGCAAGAACCUGUUAUGAAUUUCGACGUCGAGUCGCAUUUUCAAGGGCGUCCAUUGCCGCAAAUCACCUCCCUAAUUAUAAAUCAGAUUCGUCGCACUGUGCGGAAAAAGCAUACUUAUCCUUGCUUCAAGAUGCGAUACAAGCCGUUCUUUCCCGUCCCGGAUCCUACCAAUUUAUUCGCGGGAGAAGUACUUGAUCUGGAAGAGGAUUUUGUUGGUGGUGAAUUGUGCUCGACGGUGCUCGAGUUUUCAAAGCUCCCUUCUGUUUCCUCUGGCAUGGAAUUGUAUUGCUGCAUCGCUUUCGAUGAAACCAACUGGAUAGAGGCCUCUUACUAUUAUCAGAAUAUUGGCCGCAAGGGCGAAGCCAAGCGGUUCCACAAGCAAUUGUCUUUUACCCGCACAAACGAACAACAGUGCUGGCCAGGAUUUACCCUCGAAACAUGUUUCUUGCCGGAUCGGUACUCUGUAGGCGUAUUGGUCUCGUCUGUGGAACCCGGAUCCAGUGCUGCCGAUGCUGGGCUCCAGGCUGGGGACGUGAUAUUGCGAAUGAAUGGUACUGCUGUGUGUCCGUAUGGUCACGAGACUGCUCAAAGAAGUGCUGCGUUAGAAGAAAACAUUAUUAUUGGAGUUGAAAGCGUUGUUCCGCCAGUUGUGGUUCGGGAAGAGGAUGCAACUGCAGUGAAAGAGGUUUGCAACCAGUCGCCGAUGGAUUCUAGCAAGGUGUUUCAGGAGGCGCAAGGAAUCUCGUCGAGCAACAAACGAGCAUCCAUUCAGUCCUGCUCAUCUUUGAAAAAGCAAUUAUUGGAAGAUACACCGUACAUGCUCAAAACUUGCUCCGUCCCGUCAUCGAGUGAGCCUUACUUUAACGAGAAAAUGUCCGUCACUCUGGAGCCGUGGCAUUUGUGGAUCAACGUUUCGUUGUGGACUCAACCGGAAGCGAAAGGUGGAUCUUCAGACGGUCCCACCCUUCAUGCAACCCCUGUAGCGGAAGAUGCAGUGCCAGGAGCAGUUCUGUUGGCACAUGCUAGCAUCCCAGUUUCCUACAUCAUCAGCAACUGCUGUCAGUCAACCGGCGGUCAUUUCAUAGAACGAUUUUACCUUAGGGCCCCGGACUCUAAAGCAGCAAAAGCCAAAGAACACAAGUACGGCAGCUUCUCAGGGUUUCAUCCGCAGUGGUGUCAUGGAGAUGUCAGUUUGUCAUUUUGUUACUCCUCACCACCUGAAGCACGGGGAAGAAAAGGCUCGGGUUCGGUGUCAUCAUCGACCUCUGGAAGCCCGAAACGUUCUGCGGGAUCUCUGGCGAAACAAAAAUUCGGUCCACAACAUUCUUUCGUUAAGUUAUCUCUUAGCAGUAGCAGCUUAUGCGCAAUUUGUGGAAAAAAGUCAUGGUGGAAAAGCGGUUAUGAAUGUCAAGGCUGCUUGGCCACUUGCCACAGAAAGUGCCUGGCCAAGUAUCGUGAACAAGACCCGGUUUGUCGUCUUGUGAGUCGUAAGUCGGCUCCUUCUGCGACCGACUCGACCGAUGACAAUGAGGACGCAGCGCUCCAGUCCGCAGCAAUGUCUGCGAAAAAUGUUCCCGAAAUUGUUGCUACACCUGCAAGCGUGGAAGAUGGUUCUAACCAAAGCACGCCAAGCGACGGAACGAAUCGUUUGAGUCGAUUUGGUUGGAGGAGGCGUAAACCGACUAAUAUCGAAGGUUCCGGCGACGAGGCGGCACAUUUGCUACCAGGCUCUCAGAGUGAAUCGUGUUCCUCGAGUCCUCGCCGUCGUCUCGGUCAGUUCAUGUCAAAGUUCCACUCUGGUGCCUCGACUGGUAACGCCGGUUCCUCCCCGACGAGCGAUAACACGAAUUCGACGGUUCUGGCAGCGUUGAAGCGCAUUGGAUCUGCGCAAAGCCUAAAUUUUCAGGUCAGCCCUGCUGGAAACACGUCUGGCGCACAACCCUCUAUGAAUCUCUCGGAUGGUUCUCACCUUACCCCCGGUGGUGUUGCGUUAGCAACUUCUAGAUCACUUCCGCCGAGUCCCAAUAGAUCACCUACUACGACGAAGAAGAUGUUCCCCCAAUGUUCAGCGGAUCAGCUGUUCGAUAUUCCUCUGGAGUGGGAAACUGAAGAAGAUCUUCAGCAGCUCGUUACAAGUAUUCAGUCUUGGCCGAAUCAACGAGAUGAUGUUGUCAACGAAAUAAAAUCGAGAGGAUCAUUGCUGUAUGCCUCGCUUGCACCGAAAAAACGGCUCUCCGCUAUAAGUCGGAAACUGGAAGCUCUUCAAGUUGCCGUCGAUGAAGCGUCUGAAAGGAGGAAUUCGUUGGCAAACGAAGAACGAGAGACCCUGAAUGCGUCUAUGAAAACGCAUGGUGCGGAACAGCAAUCUUCUGUUACUUCGGACGUUGCGUGGGAAGCCUACUUGGGUCUCCUACAAGCAGAGUACACUGAAGGAGACGCGUUGGACUCGUUGGGUCUGAAGAGAUACUGUUGUCGUCGUAUGCUUUUGGGCCACGUGGAUCUGAUUGAGAAAUUGCUCAAUUACGCCCCGCUUGAAAAGUGA